UGGUUAUUUUGUGAUAUGUAAAUGAGAUGGUGACUGCAUUUAAUAAGGUGGAUGGUCUUUAUUUAUUGCUUACUUAGUACUAUUUUGUAUUCUGUGUCAGUCACGGAUUAGAAGAAUGUCCUAGGCACAGCCUAUUAAAAAUUAAUUUGUAUGAUUUAGGCGGUUUUUCGGUAAUAGCGGUCUUUUAGUACCCUAAUGUAACCAUCAGAUUAAAUAAAUAUUAUGAAUAAUCGUGACGCUCGGUGCUUGGUUCCGUUUAAUUUGCAAGUGAAAAUAGUUCUUGCUUGCAUUACAGAUCAGUAGAAAUCGGAAACAAUUUAAAUACAAUUUAUACCGUUGUCUUGGGUCUUGCCAGGGAGUAUGUUACAACCGGUAGGUAUAAUGUAUUGAGGUAUGUUUAACGUGCUAUUGGAUAUUUGCCAAAAAUUCUACUCGAAAAAGACGAUAUUUUCCAUAAACCUUUCUCAGUUCAUUAAACCCGAACAUUUAAACAAGAAAUGCAUAGUAAACAUAUCGCAUAAUAUUCUGUGUGAGGUCGUCUCAUCCAACGACGUGGUCGUGACGAUGCAUCCGUAGUUUUCUUUUAUGGCUCCGUAUUUAGGAACACCGCGAUAACAUCUGGCUAUUAGAUGCAUUUAUGAGUCAAAAAGGCCAGCUGUAACUUUCACAAACAAUUUGGGGCCUAUUAGAUAUGUCUAUGCGAAAGGUCCCGAGGUUGGGGUAGGUAGUUCGUUCAUCCACGCGCGCGCGCUCCCAACUUUUUAGCAUGCGCGGCACACGCCAGCCCACCUACUUAUCAUGAGCAAUGCGGAACGCAGAGGUCACUUAGAGAAUUUAAUUGUGUUCCAUUAUCAUAUUUAGGUUCUUUUACUGUAAGUCAAAAGUGAAAACUGAAUGGAGCUGAGCGUUGUUUGUCAUUCGUCAGCCACAGUUGACGCUGGCCGCUCCUUUAGGACGGCAGCUCGAGGAUUACCGCCAUGGCGCUCCGAUACUGCGUUGCGAUUUUAUCACUUUGUGCGUGUGCUGCCGCGAUUGUUGGCCCUUCUGGGAACGGCACCAAGGCAAACUUGAAGACCGAUUCGUAUCUGGAUGCGUACUCCAAAUCUCGCGUCGACGCUGAAAAAGCCAAAAAGGGUGUAGUGAUUAUAACAGCAAAAGAUGGAGAGAAACAAAUCACGAAUCGUGAUGAUAAUGGAUAUGAUUACUCUCCGCCAUAUUCCGGCGAUACCAGCUUCAGUUCUGGAUCUACAAGCUUUUCUGGGUCUGAUUCCAGCAGCUAUUUGCCACCGACUAGCAACUACGGACCAGUGAAAUUUGAGUCCGAUAUAACGUAUAAUUCGCCGCCUAAUACGUAUGGGCCUCCUUCACCAAACUAUCCUCCAAAUCCUGCUUCGAGCUAUGGACCUCCUUCUCCGAGCUACGGGCCUCCCUCACCGAGUUACGGACCGCCCUCGAACUCCUAUGGACCGCCAGCACAGACCUAUGGCCCCCCUGCAAAUACUUACGGACCUCCUGUACACAAGCCGCUACCACCUCCUCCUCCUCCAGUAUACGGACCUCCUUUGAAGCCUUCGUACGGUGUGCCUUACACAGCGCCAGGUUUUGGAUUCCUGGACAAAUUAUCGCUUAAACUAGACAUUCUGACUAUUGCAAAGCUGUUGCUGAAAUUCCUGAUAUUCAAGAAGCUUGUAACGAUGUUAGCGGUGGUGUGCAUGCUGCUGGUGAUACCGAAGCUGAUUAGUUUCAAGAAGGACGACGCAGGCCAGAGUAAUGACGAAGAUGAGCGCAACUUUGGCAGGAAAAAAUUGGUGGAGCUGACGUCAGCACAGGAGUUGGUGGAGCGAGCGUUGUAUGUUUACGGCCGCCAGCAGCCGUCCUGCGGCGUCACGUGUCGCGUGCGCAGGGUCCUCGACGACAUCUACGACUUCCAACCGUAUUUCAGAGAAAAUUCGCCAUGAUCACCAGUCCGAUCUUAUAGAUGGAACAAGCAUUUAUAAAUAAUUAGGUGCCAUUACGAAGUCUGAAUUUAUGUUAAUUUGUUGCUUAGUAUUUAUUUAUUUAUUUGUUUAUACGUAGUGCUAAGAAAAAUACAUUUGUACUUUUUAA